AUGCGGCUGUAUUCCUCACUACUGCUUCUCCCAGCUCUUUCUGCACCAUAUACGCAGUAUGCUCAAUACUCCCGAGACUACGAUGGCAUGUUUCGCCAGCACUCAGCUCGAGGCACACCGGCAGAAGGCAAGGAAAACGUGUUGCUGAUGAACAGAAUUGGACCUUCGGCUUCGACACUCUAUAUUGCCAAUGCUGAUGGCAGCAAUGCAACAAGCCUACUGGGCAAUGAAAGUCGCUACGAGUAUCAUGGUUCCUGGACGCCAGAUAGCCAGUCGAUCAUCUUCACAAGCGAGCGUAACGGAGAUGGACAGUCGGACCUUUACCGAAUCAACGUCGACGGCACUGGUUUAGAGGAGCUAGCCGCAACACCUUCGAUCGAAAAUGCUGGAGUGCUGUCUCCAGAUGGUAAAACUUUGGCAUAUGUAUCGACGGCGAACGGGUACAAGACGAACAUCUGGCUGAAAGACCUGGAGACAGGCAUCGAGAGGAACUUGCCCAACACUGAUGCCGUAAAAGGCGUGAGCUGGAGCCCAAUCGGAUACUUCUCACCAUCUUGGUCGCCUGAUGGGCAGUGGCUCGCAUUCUCCUCCGAUCGCAACACUGGCUGGUAUGGUCAUGGCAACGGAAGUGGUUGGGAGCAUACACAAUCUUUGUCAAUCUACGCGAUGCGGCCAAAUGGCUCAGACUUUCAUCAGGUCGUGACCAAAGGUAGCGACUACACUCUUGGCUCACCAAAGUGGUCACCCGAUGGCAAGCGCAUUGUCUUCUACGAGAUGCUACGUGAGUACACCUGGAAUGCUCACCGCCCGGAAGAUCUCAACAUCACCGUCAACCAGAUUGCUUCUGUUGACUUUGCCACUGGUCUCCACUAUCGGGUCGAAACUAACACCUCGACUCUCAAAAUUGGUCCAUCAUAUACAGCUAAUGGUUCGAUCGGCUAUCUGGUCAAAGGUCUUACCGACCAGAUAGGUCUUCACUACACAGCCGGCAACUCAUCCUCCUAUAUCAACAGCAAUUUGCGCUUUCCAUCAUGGAGUCCGGACUGCAGCAAGGUCGUCUAUGAGAUCUCAUCGUGGUCACCCGUUCGACCAAUUGAAAAGCCACUCUACAGCCGGGACGAAGACUGGGCUACCGCUUCGCGAACUAGCCAUGACCCAGAAGCAACUCGGAAACUCAUCGAUCGUGAAGAUGCACCCAGAUGGGCAGGACCUGCAGACAGUCUUCGAUGUAUACAAGACAGACCAAGUGGAAGCCUCACUCUCGUCAAGCAAGGUCUUUCCGGUGCCUUCCAACCAGACUGGAGUCCUGACGGUACGGAGAUCGCUUUCGGGCUCGGCGCCUGGUUCCAAGAGCGAGCAGAGUACUCCGCCUGGAUCUACCGUGCUUCAGCCAACGGCAGCGAGAUCUACCCCUCUUCCAACGGCACCAAACAUCCCUUUGAACAGCUGACGUUCGGCUCGCUGAACGGCCUCCGCAUCAUGAACCUCACCGACCGCAGCAUUCGCGUCCUCACAAACGGCACUGGGGUCCUCAACUCCACGGGAACUCUAAACGGCACAGAACGAAUCCUCCUCACCCGCAGAAUGAACUACACCGACUUCGACAUAUGUACCAUAAACCCCGACGGCUCAGACUUGCAAGUCCUGACAAGUAGUGGUGCGAACGAUGCGCAUGCCGCCACGGGAAUGCAUGGCUUUCAAAUGGAGUGCGCGGCAUAUGAGCAGACGUUUCAGCUGUAUGGGAUGAUCUAUAUCAUGGAUGCAGAUGGUGAGAACAAGAGAGCUUUGACGGAUAGUCUCUGGGAGGAUUCGAUGCCGUUGUUUGUGCCGAAUGAGUUCUUGGAGUGA